GGGUUCGCUUCCCUCCCUCUCCGCGUCCUUGAAAUUAGUCUGCGUCCGCAGGGACAGACUUACCAGACGUGCAGAGUUCCUUGCCCCGCGUCCCACGAGAGGAAGGCGCCUGCCUUCUCACAGCCCUCUCUAGCCCCGCCUCAGGUUUCCUAGAUACAGCAUACCUUCCAUUUAAACAGAAUCAGAGCCACAUAGCAACUCAGCUCAGGGAGUGUUGGGGGAGUAAUCAACUGGACGUGGGCUCGGCUUGACCCAGGAGGUGGGCUGAGGCAGUCAGAGGCUCCUUACCCCUUCUGUCCUUGGAAUGUACUUUCUGCCCGCUGUUCCUGAGCUAGGUGCUACUUGAAGGAUGCAGCCUUGAAAGAGUAAGGUGUUAUUGAAACCAUCUGGACAUUUUUGGGUGAAGAUGUCCACUUCAAGGGGUGAACUGGCCUUGGAGUCCAAGCUGGAGAGAGAGAGAGCAAAGAAUACUUUCUUGCAGAAAUUGGCACUGCAGUGAGUGUGAAAGAAAGCGAAGGGUUCUGCAGAAACGAUCAACAACGCGCUGCUGACACCACACCCGGGUACACGCCGCGACUGUACCAGUGGCAACAGGGCUGUUCCGAAAUCGGACUUCUGAAUUCCGGGUAGAACCGCUUCCGGCGGCAGCGGAACCCCAAGGGGGACCAUUUUUGACACGGACUAGCCGACUGACAAUCCUCCCGCGUCCGGAAGGUGAUCUUUACCCUGCGUCAGAAUUCCGGCGCCCUGGACCCUACGUAGGAGGUAACUCCCAAGGCUUCCAGCUGUUUCAUUCGGACGUUUUCACCAGCGCAACUACAUUAUUUCCAUCAUCCUUUUUCAUUAUAAGAAUAUACUAUCGGCGAGAGAACACCGAAUUGGGAGUCAGAAAGCCUGGGUUCUAGUCCUGACUGUCAUUAACUAGCGGUAUGACAUUGGAGAAGGCUUUCUGACCUCUCUGGACUCCAUUUUCCUUUUCUUUAAAAUGAGGGGCUUGUAAUAAGUAGCAAGAGAAACAUGAACCAGAAGAUACUUAAGUUGGAGAACUUGCUACGAUUUCACACUAUUUGUAGGCAGCUGCACAGCCUGUAUCAAAGAAGAAUGUUGGCACAGUGGAGGCACGUGUUUUCAUCUGCUUACCCGGUGUGGACAGCUCAGCUGUAUGCCCAGCCCUGGCAGUCAGAUGCACUCAUCAGGGCUGCUUUAUCUCAACAUAGGCUUCUGGUGACAAAGAAGGAAAAAAAAUCACAGAAAUCUCAGUUAUCUUCAACAAAAUCUAAAAAGGAGGUGGAGGUAUGGAUUGGAAUGACUGUUGAGGAGCUGGCCAGAGCAAUGGAAAAAGACAUAGAUUGUGUAUAUGAAUCUUUAUUGAACACUGCUAUUGACAUAGAUUCACUAGAAGCACACUCACAUUUAGAUGAAGUCUGGAUCAAAGAAGUGAUAAAGAAGUCAGGGAUGAAGUUAAAAUGGAGCAAAUUAAAACAGGACAAAGUCAGAGAAAAUAAAGAUGCUGUAAAAAGGCCCCAGGCAGAUCCAGCUUUAUUAAUCCCAAGGUCCCCAGUUGUUACUAUAAUGGGCCAUGUUGAUCAUGGAAAAACGACGUUACUUGACAAACUGCGAAAAACUCAAGUGGCAGCAAUGGAAGCUGGAGGCAUCACUCAGCACAUUGGUGCCUUUCUUGUUUCUCUGCCUUCUGGGGAAAAGAUAACCUUUCUUGAUACUCCAGGACAUGCUGCUUUCUCAGCAAUGAGAGCCAGAGGUGCUCAGGUCACUGACAUUAUCAUAUUGGUUGUAGCUGCAGAUGAUGGAGUGAUGAGACAAACUGUAGAAUCCAUUCAGCAUGCCAGAGAUGCCCAAGUUCCUAUUGUCCUUGCCAUAAACAAAUGUGACAAAGCUGAGGCUGAUCCUGAGAAAGUGAAAAAAGAACUGCUAGCUUAUGAUGUGGUAUGUGAGGAUUAUGGAGGCGACGUUCAAGCAGUGCAUGUUUCUGCACUCACGGGCGAUAACAUGAUGGCUUUGGCAGAGGCAACAAUUGCUCUUGCAGAAAUGUUAGAAUUGAAAGCAGACCCUACUGGUCCAGUUGAAGGAACAGUAAUAGAAUCUUUCACAGACAAAGGAAGAGGUCCUGUUACUACAGCUAUAAUUCAAAGAGGAACUCUGAGAAAAGGCUGCAUUCUGGUUGCUGGAAAGAGUUGGGCAAAAGUACGCUUAAUGUUUGAUGAAAAUGACAAAGCAAUCAAUGAGGCCUGUCCCAGCAUGCCAGUGGGAAUUAUAGGCUGGAGAGUCCUCCCUUCUGCAGGAGAUGAAAUUCUUGAAGUAGAAUCUGAGGCAAGGGCACGUGAAGUUGUUCACUGGAGGAAGUAUGAGCAAGAACAGGAGAAAAAUAAAGAGGAUCUGGAAUUAAUAGAAGAAAAGCGAAAGGAACACCAAGAAGCACAUCGGAAAGCCCGCGAGAAGUAUGGCACUUUGCACUGGAAGGAGAGGUCAUUUAUAAAGUACAAAAUAAAAAAACAGCAGCAACCCUUAAAGCCAAAAGAAAAAGCAGGAGGAGAUUCAAAUGUACUUCCAAUAAUUAUUAAAGGUGAUGUUGACGGUUCCGUUGAGGCCAUUUUGAACAUUAUGGAUACCUAUGAUGCUUCACAUGAGUGUGAACUAGAGUUAGUACAUUUUGGUGUGGGUGAUAUUAGUGAAAAUGAUGUUAACCUUGCUGAAACAUUUCACGGUGUUAUAUACGGCUUCAAUGUGAAUGCAGGCAAUGUUAUUCAGCAGUUGGCUGCAAAAAAAGGAGUAGAAAUUAAACUUCACAAAAUCAUUUACCGUCUUAUUGAAGAUUUGCAGGAGCAACUGAGCAGUAGAUUGCCCUGCAUUGUGGAAGAGCACACAAUAGGUGAGGCUUCUAUACUAGCUACCUUCUCUAUAACAGAAGGGAAGAAAAAAGUUCCUGUGGCCGGCUGCAGAGUCCAAAAGGGACAGUUAGAAAAGCAAAAAAAAUUUAAAUUAAUACGUAAUGGACAUGUUAUUUGGAAGGGCUCAUUAAUCUCACUGAAACACCAUAAAGAUGAUAUUUCAGUCAUCAAAACUGGAAUGGAUUGUGGUCUUAGUUUGGAUGAAGAAAAGAUAGAAUUUAAAGUGGGAGAUGAUAUUGUCUGUUAUGAAGAAAAAGAAGUUCUAGCGAAGACUUCUUGGGAUCCAGGAUUUUAAAAUUAUGUUAAAGAUGUAAAUGAUUAAAUGUUUUGCUUUAUUACAGA